UCGGUCGCCUUCGGUCGGUGGUGGUCGGUGAUGGUCGGUGGUGGUUCCCCAUGCGCGCAGAGGGCGGAAAGGGUCCCCCGUUCGCGGGCGUGGGGUUGCGCGCGCACUAUCUACCCCCUCUGGGUGUCCGGUACAUAAUCGAACUGGGAGCGCCGUGGUGGCCGUCGUCAGUUCCGUAAGACGGGGCUAAAUUUCAUUUCUAAAAUGAGAACAUAGUUUAGCUAAAACGAGAGAAGAUCGAGCCGAUGUAAAAACGCGAAACGCGGAGUGAGGGAAGGUUUCGUCGUGAUAGGGCUUCCUCGUCGUGAUACAGAGAGCUCCGAUCUCCGAUCUCCGAUUUACAGCCCGGCCGCGAGCGCAAUCACGCCGCUUAUCGCUGAAUUGUAACGAUAUCUCUUCGAUGCACGAGUGCACGCGGGAUAGAAUGAUAGUACGACUCGAGGAAAGGAGGGUAAUCUCUCCUCCAAGUUUAUACGCGCCAGCCUGAUCCGAGUGUGUCUAAGAUAUCGCCAAACCGGGCAAACUCCACGUCAAGUCAAAUUCGUCGUUUCGCGAGUGCCAAGCAGUAGUAGAGUGGAUAUCGUCGGCGAGAGUUAAGUGGGAUUUUGGUCGUGAAGGGUUGGCGGAGGAGAGCCGAUCGCGGCCGAUUUCGUCGGGGUUCAGCCACGUUCCAGCCACGUUCCAGACGAGACAGGAUACCGUGAGGUCUCUCCUCGAAUCACAAUGGCGCCCAACUCCGUGUUCGUGGAAUCGUGGCCGGUCACGAUCGACUGAUGGAACAGCAGCAGGCAUCUUCAUGGCAUUCUAAAUAUCGACGUAAAUCAUAAAUAUCCCCCUGUGUCUAUCCGUGUCCGCUCGAUGCCGCGCUAAUUCAAAUGAGCGGACUACAAGCUAAUCGUCGUUCCCUAAAACGUCUCCGGUAGUCUCGACGGUGUGCGGUGCACGGUGCACGGUGAAAGAGGCAACAUGAAAAGAAUUCGCAAGAGGCAUCCGCCAAAAAUAAAAGAAGAUUAUGUCAGAUCGUCACAGUGAUAAUGCGUGUAGUGAGUGUGAUUAGGUGCAUGAUGCUCUCGCCUGGGAGUAUUUGGCGGUUUCUCAUCGCCUAUUAUCGUCCAGUGAAUAUGUUGCCUAUUAUCGAGGAGUAAAAAUUUGGGCUGACGACAGUGAGAUGGAUGCACAUGACCCGCGAUUUACAACAGUUCUCAAUUAAUUCGAGCGGAAGAGAUACAGCGGUCCGAGGCCAUCUGACGACCGCUUCCAUUCGUAAAUAAUCUGUGCUCGAGUCGAAACGUAUGCGAUGUUUUUUGAAAGAAAGGAAUGGACGAGUACCGACGAUAAACUGACAUUUCACGCGUAUAUCGCAUCGAUUGUCUAUCUCGCAUUCGAACUGCUACCCAAAUGAAACUAAGAAAAUAUACGAUAACUCAAAAACAAUUUAUUCGUUAAGUUGUUCUCGAAGCAUUUCCCGUAUUCCAUCGUUCCAAGUUAUAUUAUACCAUGACAAAGAGCACGAUGUCGCGUGAAAUCGCGAUAGAACACGGCAGACCGGUACCAGACCUCGCAAGGAAGUGAUAACGACGAGCGAAGAGUGCGGAGAGAAGGGAAGAAUCGUGAUACGUUCGACAUCGGCCGUUUUUACACGAUAACCCUUCAACCUGGCGGACCAAGAAGAAGGUAGCGGCUCGGCGGCGAUGCAGGGCAAGGAGAGCCCCGUUGGGUCCAACACCCAGGAGACCCAUCAGUACGUCGGCCCGUAUCGGUUGGAAAAGACCUUGGGAAAAGGCCAGACUGGUUUAGUUAAACUCGGCGUGCAUUGUGUGUUGGGCAAGAAGGUGGCGAUCAAGAUUAUCAACCGCGAAAAGCUUUCGGAGUCCGUGUUGAUGAAAGUGGAGCGUGAGAUCGCCAUUAUGAAACUGAUCGACCAUCCGCAUGUGCUCGGCCUCUCGGAUGUGUAUGAAAACAAAAAAUAUCUAUAUCUUGUUUUGGAACAUGUCUCGGGCGGGGAGCUGUUCGAUUAUUUGGUUAAAAAGAGCAGACUGACCCCGAAGGAAGCAAGGAGAUUUUUUCGACAAAUAAUUUCUGCAUUAGAUUUUUGUCACAGUCAUAAUAUAUGCCACAGAGAUUUGAAGCCUGAGAACUUGUUGCUCGACGAGAAGAAUAACAUUAAGAUAGCGGAUUUCGGAAUGGCGUCCUUACAACCUGCGGGCUCUAUGCUGGAGACCAGUUGCGGAUCACCUCAUUACGCUUGCCCCGAAGUCAUUAGAGGUGAGAAGUACGACGGUAGAAAGGCGGAUGUGUGGUCCUGUGGGGUAAUACUUUACGCGCUUCUGGUAGGCGCCUUACCCUUCGACGACGACAAUCUGAGAAAAUUGUUGGAGAAAGUUAAGCGCGGAUUGUUUUACAUACCGCAUUUUGUGCCACCCGAGUGUCAGAAUUUGCUUAGAGGCAUGAUAGAGGUUGAUCCCGAGAAAAGAUUGACGUUAACAGAAAUAAAUAGGCAUAUUUGGGUAACGGCGGCGGGUAAGGGCGAAUUGGAAUUAGAACUGUCGAUGAUGGAUGUAGUGCAGACGCACGUUAUUCCGUCCGUGGAAGCGAUCGAUCCCGACGUGCUACAGGCGAUCGCUAGUCUUGGUUGCUUCAAGGAACGCGACAAACUCAUUCAAGAGCUGCUCAGUCCAAACCACAACACGGAGAAGGUGAUAUACUUCCUGCUGUUAGAGAGAAAGCGAAGAAGACCGGCGUGUGAGGACGAGCUCGAGGUGAUGAGAGGUGGCAUGCGAGGAUCCGCGGGACAAUUAGAGGCCGAUCCGCCAAGAAAACGGGUGGAUACGUGUAGAGUGAACGGAAGUACCGCGCUCAAUCUCGGACAGAUCAGUCAUGGCUCGCCUUUGACGCCCAGAAGACAGUCCAGCACGAGACAUCACGCGCGUCGAUCACCGAGCACAGGUGGAUGUCACACUCAUGCGUCUCAUUCGCACACGUCGACGCCGGGCAGCUCGCCGUUGCAUGCACCUGCUGGUCUGCUAAGUCCCCACAGAGCGAUGCCGACGUCGCACGUGGGCCAGACAAUCGCAUGCGGUGCACACAGAUUGUCCAUUGGUGGCAGUACCACCGCUACUAUUGCCGGAAACGGCGGCAGUCCCACGAGUCAAAGCGUCCCGACGCCGACGCCGGCACUCGCCAACGUCGGUAUUGAACUCAAUGAUGUACAGCCUGUAGUUGCGCUCGGCGUUACACCGCCGGGCUCUCCUCACACGGGAGCGGGAUCUGGAGCUCAUCACUGGAGAUCGCGAUUAACCACGAUCAAGAAUUCUUUCCUGGGCAGCCCCAGAUUUCAUCGUCGUAAAUUGCUCACUAGUACCGAGGAGGUACACCUCACGCCGGAUUCUUCGCCGGAACUUACGAAAAAAUCAUGGUUCGGUAGUUUGAUGACCACGGAGAAAGACGAAACCUUCACCGUUUUAGUCAAGGGGAAACCGCUAGCCAGUGUAAAAGCCGAUCUGAUUCAUGCUUUUUUAUCGAUAGCAGAAUUAUCUCAUAGCGUGAGCUCGCCAAUGUCGUUCAGAGUAGAAUACAAAAGAGGUAGUACCGCACCAGCCAUGUUCCAGAGACAAGUGCGAUUUCAAGUUGAUAUUAGCGCGAUUUCGAAGCAGCCGAAUGAGCCCCUCUUCGCCAUCACCUUCACAUUACUGAGCGGAAACAUCCGAAGAUUCAGGCGAGUAUGCGAGCAUAUUCAAUCUCAGGUGUGUUCGAGAAAUGUGGGUAUGAACUUGGGAGGACAAAGCAGAGCCGCGCCUCCUAGUCCGAGGGCCUCGAGAAAAUUCACCACAGAGAUGAGUGAGAGUUCGAGCUGCGGAAGCGACACUAGUGAACGACUCUUUCUCAAUCCUCAUCCAGCUACCAGACAGGUAGUCUGUUUCAACAAGAUCGAUUCGGACAUCGAGUCGGAUACAUCUGUAUUCGACGUGAAGUCGCCGACCCGCGAGAACGGUAGAAGAAGCUCGACAUCGACGAACAAUAACAAUGCUCUGUCGGGCGAUACGACACCGACGCCAGGCAGCCCGCCAAAAGCGGUGCGAAGUAACUCAGAGAGCCAAAACACGCCCGAGAAGAAAUGUGUGACCACAAUGAGUGGCAACAACAUAGCGUGAUACUACCAGAACCUUCGCUUCGAGUUUCGAUCAAGUCUGAAAAGCCUAUGGGACAGCGCUCAGAGAUUCUGGUGAGGUUUCCUCUGACGAACGCUUGCAACGCUUUAACUGAACUGCAGAAAAUGCGUGAGACACAUCUGUAUGCGUAUAAUGCGACAUUGCAACAAAUAAGAUUGAGGUCUAACAUCAUAAAUCUUACCGUCAGCAGUAGUAACAAGAAAAUAGAAAGACGACAAUGUGGAUAGCGCGCUUAUUUGCGUUGUGUAAUUCGAAACAUCGAAACCAUUAGUGCGAGCUCCGGAUAAAGUUUUCAUUCUCAAAGUAAAAUAUUUAAUUUUGUUUCAAAAGAUACACGUGUAAAAAUUUUCCUCAAAUAACUCAAAAUUUAACGCUAGAAGCGAUAUUAAAUGCAAACAUCCUAUUCUGCGUUCGUAAGCUAAAUGGAUCUUCGAGAGAGAGAGAGAGAGAGAGAGAGAGAGAGAGAGAGAGAGAGAGAGACACUAUUUCCAAAUCACCUCCAGAUCUAAAACCGCCGAAUGUCAUAUAUAUUUCAAUAAACAAGCCUACAUAAAGAAUUAUGCAUGAAGAGAUUCACGAUUACUCGAGAAGAGAAAUGUAAAGUAUAUUUAAAAAAAUGUGUUUCGUGCGAAACUUGAGUGCAAUAAUAUAACGUUACUGUAUUAUUUCGCCCCCACAUACAAUGGGUAUUACUGCAAAAUUGCAUCGCGCUGUGUUAAAUUUGUGUUAACAAAUGGUAAUGUUGUGCUUGGGCAUAUUUUAUUUAUUAAUUAUACACGGGAAAAAAAAUGAAGUUGCUUCAAUUAAACGUCACGGGCUGCUGCCACAAGCGUAUGUAGUUGAUUCAAUUGGAUAUUAUUGGACCGAAUAUUUAAAUUAUUAAAACAAUAAUCUGAUGUUUUAGGUUCAUUCAUAUUGAUGCUGCAUCAAUAAAUUUUAUCUCAAAUAACACUAAUGCUGUUGAUACGUCAUUUUUUUUCCGUGUAGAAAAAACCGUUGCUUGGAGAGCACCACAUCGUUACCCCAUAUAUAUUAGAAAUUAUUUGUCUCGAAAGUUAUAAUUUUUAUUCGCUCAUCGCACAAUUUUUUUGCUUACAAUUUCAUUACAUCAAUUUCCUUCUAGCAGCAAUCUAUUCCAACAACGCACCGCAUAUAUUCUGACAACAUAAAUCUAACAACAUUGACAAGAGACACGAGGUAGGCGCGUAGAAUGCCUCAAGAAUUUUUUUUUACAUAUGACGGAAAAGAAAACAAAUUAGAAAGAGAGAGGUACAAAGAAAGGUUUCCGACUAAUAAAAGAUAUUAAUAAUAAAUAUACACGCAAGUCUCAUGAUCGUACGAAGCAUAGAUGAUCGUUUGCUUUUUGCAAGAUGAGAAAAGCGGAGGACGAUCAAAUCAACCAUGGCAUGCAAAACCCGUCGCAAAGUGAAUUAAAAGCUAACGCGUUGCUGAAUGUAAAACUCAUAUAGAAAAAAAAAAAAAAAUAUAUAUAUAUAUAUAGGUAUUACAAAAGCAGUCAAAACUGCGCUUUUUUAAGCGAUAUAAGGAAUAAGUAGUAAAGUUAUUCUCAACACAGACAUAUCUCAAAAUUGUCCCUAUUGGCUUCUUAAUAAAAAGCGAUAUGAGGCGUAUAAAUACGCGUCAUCAUUUUUAAGCGAAGGUUUGUUAUAUAAGACUACAUCGUGAUAUAUGUUUACGAAGAAAGACUAGAUAAAGUAACGGAGAAAAUAACGAGCGUUGAGCGCCCGGAUAUUCUCGGAGAUGAAUAUCUUAAAAUCGAUCGAUUUUCUGAGAGUACAAUGUGGAAAAGAAAUUGUCCUUGAUGAUAAUCCAAUGACGCGAUCUUCAAAGUUUACACGAUUAGGAUUAGAUUAGUAGGUGAGAGCGAAAGUGCAUAAAUGUUCGCACAAAUCAAAAUUGUGAUUUUUUUAGCGCGCGUUAGAUCCCCCAAUUAGGCGCUCUCGCUUCAGAUAUUACCUACGUAUUAUAUCGCGCAUGUGGCGACUCGUUCCUAUAUAUAAAUAUCUCCGAGGGCUAUAUCUUUAUAAUCGAUUAACGAUACGGAAGAAGAGAACUCUAACAAUCUACUUUUUUCCGUUGCAUUUCGGAGUGGCAAAAUUUCGCGAGAUGCAAAACGCGGCGGUGUUUUUCAGUUAAAGGCUCAGCUAACGGCAGACACAUUGUCAUUCUGCAUUAUCAAGAAAAAAUACGUAAUGUUAUAAAAGGGAUUUAGCUGGAUACGUAUCGAAAAUACUAUUAUGUACGAUGAAAAAUGCGUGGGUGAAAUUUUAUGAAAAGUCGUUGAUCCUUAACUAUUUUCAAUUUUUAUAUAGUCGCUCCUAUUAUUAUAGUGACACACAGACAUUUAACAGCGACUUGAAGCUAACGAGGGAAUUAUCUAGAGUAUUAUUUAUAUGCAAAAACACCAAAUCAUAGAUGAAACGUAUAAAUGUUUUUUUUUCUCCAUCGCUUUCCGAAAACCCAAUAAUUUUUUUUUAUUGUUGCAAAAAUAAAUCAUGACGAUUCGAUAUGGCCAAAGACAGAACAAGCAUUAAUAUCAGUAGUUGAAGAUUAAACAUAUACAAAAGUUGGUAAAUUAUCCACGAGUGUGUCAUUCGUUGAUUGUAUAGGAUAAUUAUAACGAGAAAAACGGAGACGGAUAUCAUUACUCAAAUAUAUAGAUGCGAUUAAUCCGCAAUGGAAAAGCCUUCGUUACCUUCCGUGCGCAUUAUUCGCAGAAAGAAUAAUGGUAUCCUCUGAAAUCGCUUGAUAGCGUAAAUUAAUUAAUCAAUUUUCUGUUUGAUAUUUUUUACGUUGAAAAGUCAGACUUUGCAAGAAAUUGUUUAUUACACAUACGAGAGCAAAAAUAAUAGAAAGCGAGAGAGAGAGAGAGAGGGGGGGGGGAAGAGAGAGCAAGUGAGCGUUUAGGUACAUAUAUGAGAAAAAAUAAGAAGGGAAUGAACGUUAUGGUUACACAUAGAAAAUGAAUGUGAAUUUAGUAUUAACAAUACAAACACCACACACACACACACACACGCGCGCGCGCGCGUUCCACUACGAUAAUUAAAAUUAGCAUAAGCUUGCAAUUAUCUAUUUACUAAUUGCGGUUAAAUAAAACUACUUAUACAGUGCGUAAGUAUAUUAUAAUAAGAAAAUGGGAGGAGGGACGGAGUAGUGGGUGGACGGACGUGGUUAGAGAAAGAGAGAAAGGGGAUAUAUAUAAAACAAAUUACCGGCCAUAUUAAAUUAGGAUUUUAUAUUGUGCGCAAGUCUGUGAGUCAAGAAUGUGAGCUAAGGGAGGAAAGCUAAAGCAACUUUGGUAUGCAAAUCCAUAUUAACAAUUCAAGCGAAUUACAAUACAGUUCUGCGUGUAAAGAUAUAAAUUUCGUAACAAAUCUGUCUCCUAUUUCGUAAAAGGCAAACUGAGGGGAAUCCGCGUGAUAUUUUCGUAGGUCGAUCCAGAGCGCGCUAGAGCGAUACUUGGCGAAUGUAUUAUAAGUAGAUGAUACGAGGUUGCAUCGAUCCUCGACGAAAUAUCUCGCCGAUAGCUGUGCCGCUGACGUAACAUCGCAAAGUCUCUUGUACGAAAGAAAGAACAGAAGAUUACUCGCUAUCUCUUAACGUGUCUCCGACUUAUUUUUCGAUUCGCUUUUGCGCGCCGUGCCGCGCCAUGAUGCCGCGAUCUAGCGUGCGAGCGAUCACGCGAUCGGUCCUCAAUGUCCUCGCAUGCAUGCGUAUGUAGUAUGUACGUGCGAGAUCGUUACCCGGCCGAAGAAUUUGCUUAAGAGCGACGACGUAGCACGAGAGAGUGCGAAUAUCGAUCGCGUCACUGCACAGCCAAAUGCGAUUUUGAGACUUGCAAUUUAUUCAACCGGCAACGACAAGGUCGUUCAGAAGGUAUCUUCCUCGCGAAAUGGUUAAUAAGUUUCGAACUUCGCAACCGUCUCUUCGCCGUCAUGCAUGUCGCGUUCGCGCCGAUCUCUUUCCGCUGAAUCAUGAAAUAUCGGUGAUAAUGAGUUAAUGACGAAUGAACGUACGCUUUCCCGAUAGCUUGGAGCUCGCGCGCGGAUCGUAGCAAAAUUGUCUCGCCGCGCCGCAAGAAAGGCGCGUAGGUCUGCAGGCAUUAUACAAAUUCCCGACGUACCGUACUUUUAAGGCAUUAUAAGCUAGGUUGAAUAUAGAAAAUUUUUAUACGAUUUAUAAGACAAUGCAAUUUGCGCAUGCGAUCAAUUAAUUUAUUAUACACGCACGUUUCCUUGUUGGCGUUUUUGUUAAAUGUGCACUAUAUUCUUCGGGGCGCGGUGUGUCCCGCGGCCAUCCCGCGCUGACCGUGAGUAUCGCGAGUGCCGUCGUGAUCGAAGCGUGUCGGGCGACAGUGAUACAACCCUCUGAGUUCCAAACAUUAUUUUCUUCCAAAUCAAAUGUGUCUUAUAUUUAAUUAGGUUGAGAAUAAUUCGUGAAACACCAAAAAUAAGAUAAUAAAAAAAUUCUCACUCUCUUUGAUUCUUACGGGCAGGCACAAGAUCGCGAUG